AUGCUACUGAGUGGCCUUAUUCUUCGCUGCAUCAGUGUUUUCAUCACUCCCUACGAAAUUUCUAUGGGUGGGCCACCAACAACUGAGAACACCGGCAACGCUACUACCAAGACUGCAAAUGUCUUUUACAGUCCUCUCUUCUCUUUCACUCCCUCCGUUUUGUCAGAAAAUAUUACAAAUGCCACUCAGCGGUUGACAGAUCCAUUGAUCAUACUGGCUGCUACGUUAAGAGUGAAUAAGGAGCUCUCCAGUGCUCUGCGUCAAAUUGCGCUGGCCACAAUCCUUACUCGAGCAGGGUUGGGACUGGAACCCGCCACUUUGAAACGCAUCUGGACCAGCAUGAUCAGGCUGACUUGUCUACCCUGUCUCACUGAGGCGCUAGUGUGCACACUUGUGUCAAAGUUCCUAAUGGAUUGGCCGUGGCCAUGGGCGGCUAUGAUGGGGUAG